AUGUAUCGCGAUAUUCAUCAAUUUCACGAUAUCCUACUGUUUGUCACGAUACCGAUGAAUACCGCGGAAACAACGGAACUGGAAGUCUGGAGUAAUAUUACCAAAGAAUGUAAACGAAUAGGUGUAGUUAUGGAUUCUCAACCAGAAGUAACCGAAGAAAUUUUCAAUUCAACUAAUUACGAGUGUCUGAAUGAAACUGGAAAAUAUUUGAAUCCGUUGGACGCAUACACCUACUAUGUUUGUGAAAAUGGGAGCUCUACUCUAAAAGAGUGCAAAGAUAAACCAUAUUUUGCUUGGAAUGAUAUAAAUAAAACAUGUGAACGGAUAGCUAAUAAUUCAUCCAAUAAAGCGUCGAUGUAUCAAAAUGUGAAUCAUGUACAGAACUAUUCUCAUUGGAUUGAAGCUGGGAAUGCGGUAGUUCAACUUACUGCACAAGCUGGUAGUGUGCACAAAGAAGCAAAUGUAUCGAUUAACAUAAAGUUCUAUAAUGUUCAAAAUGAAGAGAUACAUAACGAAGCAUUCGGUCCAUUCACAACAAUACAAGAUGUUGUGAGGACUGCUCUUAUUGAACCAAAUACAACAGGUAUUGCAGUCGAAAUUAGAUUUAUAAGACACUCUACUGGAACCGAUUUUCAAAAUUUUGGAUUUUGUAAUAAUAUUUAUUUUUCUAUCGAACAUAAACGAUCAUACUAG